AUGGCAACGGAUCUUAAAUUAUUAGGUUCCGAACCACUAUCUCGAAGUGAAACAGAAGCCGAUUUAGGGCAUGUUUCUUCCAGUAAAUUCAAAUUCAAGAGCUACUUUUUCAAGGCCAUAUCUUUUCUCAAAACUUAUAAAUUUUACUCAAUUCUUGCAGCGUCUGCGAUUGCAAUUGCAACGUUUAUUGUUAUUUUGAUCGUUGCAUUCUACGAGACUGAGGCUUCGAGACAAGUCAAAGCUAGAUUGAUUGAUGAUAUGCUAUCUGGCCAAUCCUUAUACAAUUGCUAUCCAUAUGAUCAACAACGUUACCAUGUAGGGAAACCGGCACAGAAACCCGAAUCUGUUGGUGAAUUUAUUGUGCGAACUUUGACUGAACAUGGUUAUACUAUAGAUCCUGAUUUGGAGGCGAAGAUUUACAAGGAAUUUAAUAUUUUCAUGGCCAAAUUUGGAAAGAUAUACUUUACUCCCAAGGAGAAGGGUGACAAGUAUAUCAACUUCCGCAAGUCUUAUGAGAUAGUCAUGGCCCAUAAUAAUAAUAAAAAUGUUUCAUACAAGAUGGCUUUGGGCCAGUUCUCAGAUAAAAGUCCAGAGGAAUUUGAGAAUUCAGUAUUGAAUCCAAUGAUGUCUAAUGAACACUAUGUCAAUGCUAUCAAAUCCGGUCGUUUUAACUUAUUCCGCCCAGAUCCACGACAAGAGGGAAUUCCUGAACAAUUUAUUUGGGAUCAUAAGUUUCUGGGUCCGGUUUUGAACCAAGGUGCCUGUGGUAGCUGCUGGGCGUUUGCCACUGCUGGAGCAGUACAAUCACUGUUUAAUAUUGUGAACAACUCAAAGUUAGUGCUAAGCCCACAAGAAUUGGUUGAUUGUACAAUCAAUGCCAAUGGCUGCAAAGGCGGAAACCCGAUUUACGCAUUUAAUUACGUGCGCGAUCAUGGCUUAUGCACGUUGAACGAUUAUCCAUAUGUUGGAUUUCAACAGAAAUGCUCAUCUUCUUCAUGUAAGCAUAAAAUACCCAUCAAAAAUAAAAUGUUGGUUACUAGCGGUUUCGAUAUCGCUCUAGCUCAAGGAUCGCCAAUGGUCGUUGGUAUAGAUGCUAAUGGUCCAUUUCAGCAUUAUUCCCACGGUAUUUUUGAAGCUCCAUGCACUCCGGGUACUUCCAAUCAUGCCGUUCUUUUGGUGGGUUAUGGUGUAGAUAAGGAGACUGGCAAGAAAUAUUGGGUUAUCAAGAACUCAUGGGGACCAGAUUGGGGUGAGAAAGGAUAUGCCAGAAUAUUAAGAUCUGACGAUGGUAACGGUGCCGAUUGUAACUUAACAAAAUUCGGUUUAAUGCCGUUGUAA